AUGGGUCGCUGGUUCGUUGCAAUGUGCGUUGCGUUUCUCGCCACAUUUCCUGCCACCGUACAAGCCGACCGACAGGAAGAUGUUAUAAGCUACUUGAGCAAUUUGACGAACACCCUGCAGAAAGCGCAUUUAGGAGUGUUUAAUUGCUGGUUGCUGGAAUUUUACAUCAAUUCUACCCAUUCUUCGAUACUAAACAGCUUGGCACAUCAACUCCACGCCCAACACACCAGUCUACUGCAAGCCAACCAUCGUGCCAAGCUUGUGCCCACCAUUCGUGAGCCCAACAUGGUGAUAAUAGUGUGGGGUAGAGAGGAACAGAUCGCUGGCAGCAUGACCAUCCACCAGUGGGUUGCCAACAUCCCGUCCGAAUGUCCCACGGUGGUACUGUUUGUGCGCCGUAGUGGUUUGGUGCAACCAUGGCUAGUCGGGACAUACUUGGCAGAGAGAAUGGUUUUCCACUUUGCGUUGAUCGCGAUCGACGACGAUGCCAUGUACACCUUUCACUAUGAGCCGAUGCGCAUCACGACCCACACAGGAUUCCCGGCAUUCAGCGAACUUUUCUUCGAUCGGACAAAAACCAUGCAGCGCAAGCUGCUCACGGCUGCGUACUUUAAAGAUUACUAUACGUCGAAGUUUUGCGACCAUCUGAAUGGUGAGGAUAUGGCGCUCUUCGUGCUGUUUGCGGAAGUGCAACAAUUUGCAGUUAACUUGCUGGAGAUUCAAUGUCGGACAAAUGAAUCCUACGGUCGUUGUAUUGCUCGCUACAAUGGAACAAAUUUCAUUGUGAAUCGGUUCGUUGUGAAUAAGUAUAACAAAUAUACCGUCAGCUGUACGGCCAUGAGACAGAUGGCAAUUGCGACGCCAAAGGAGCGCUUGUUGACGAUAUGGGAAAUGCUGCUGAAACCCUUUGAACUUUCGGGCUGGGCUAUCAUAUUUGCAGUGCUUCUCACAUGCCAACUUUUCCAACUCUGCUCGCCGACACUGUUCGCCAAUAAUGUUCUUGCCUUGGCACUGUUUGGAUUCGAGAAGCGUAAACUGCGCCUUACGAAGCAUGCCGAGAAGGUGACCGCGAGUGCGUUAAUAGUUUUCUUCUUUCAGCUAAAGUGUGCAUACGAGGCGAAGCUGGUAUCGUACCUUACCGAAACACCCCGCCUGCCGGACGCUAUGACACUGGAAGAUUUACGCGACCGAAACAUCACGGUGUAUUAUAAAAAUGACGAUAUCACCUAUGUGAACGUGCUGCUCGCCGGAAUGGUUACUGCACCAUACGAGAGAGAGACAUUCCUAUUCGACGGGAUUACGCUGCUGGAAAAUCGCCAGCUGCUGGAGGCUGAGAAAAUGUUUGUCGAUAACAUCGAGGGCUACGGUAUGCUUUACACCAUUCUGCCCGCUAAUGCGUACGAAAAUCUUCCGUUUUAUGUGUUUGGCGAAAAGUCAGUGUUUUGUAAGCGAUUUCAGAAGCACCAACAGAGAAUGUUUGAAUCCGGUAUGCAACUACACUGGCGGCAAGAACAUUUGAAUUGCUUUCUGUUGCACAUCGUUAGCGCCCAUCAUAAACGUGGUGCAUACAAACACCCCUAUGUGGCUAUUCGUUUCGAGCAUCUUAAACCGCUGAUGCUCUUUUUCAUUGUGCAGUGGACAUUUGAAAUAGUCGUUUUUGUGAUGGAACUUAUUGCUGGAAGGUACAGCCGCAAAUAG